AUGCAGUUGCGUCUGAGGUUCUAAUUAUAAUUGGGAUAAGAACCUCGCCUCGGUCGAUGCACGUAGAUUCUUUCAUUUAGUACAUUUUCUUCGACAACGGGCAUCAGGCCACAGGUAUUGUUUGUUUAGAAAUAAUUGAUUUCGCGUGACUGUACCGUCUGUCUAGACUGAUUUUCUCGUCUCUAACACUAACAUUGUAUAUUGCCAUGUUUGUUUCAGGAGAAACAAAAAGGAACGCGAACUCUGUGCUGGCCUUACCAGCGUUUUUCAGGGAUGAAUUGAUUUUUAUUUCGAACUAUCACUAACGACCCUGAAGCUGCCCAAUAUUCAGAUAAGCGACGAACAUUCUUGGACGUGGAGAAGGUAAAUUAAACGAUAAUUUCGAUGUCUUAGCAUAUUUUUAGCUUCUGGUCAUAGGAUAGUAUAGUUUAUCCUAAGGAAAGAGAUUUAACAAAAAGGGUGUUAAAACUUGAGCAAUCUCAAAAUUCUUCUUCCCAUUAUAUUGAUCAGUUGUUAGCCUUUAAUCAAAUGCCGUUGGCGAGUGUCCUAGCAUAUGAAUGCAAUAUUGUUUUUUGCUUUCCAGACAAGCGAUCGAUUCGUGGCUUCUUUUUCUGGUCUUUCUUGAGGCUGCAAGACUUUUAGAAGGAAAUGAUUAUUCUUUUAAAAAAAAAAUCAUAUUGAUGACAGUGUUAAUGUUUAAUUCUAGAUUUACACCACAUCUCUUCUUAGUUGUUAAAUUAAUGCAAAUGGCAAUGUUCCCGCAUCGGUACCCAGACACGAUUAAGUUGUAUGUGGUUCCUAACUUGACUAUGUUUCGUUGAGGAUUAAUAAAACUUGAGAUGGUUGUCAAUUUGUUUCUUAUUAAAGAGAGUCAUGAGAAGAACUGAGCAUCAGGGAAAUGAAAUCGGAGUUUAAAGGGAAAGUUACAAUUUGCAUAUCAAAAGUGAAACAGGAAGUUUCGUUUGAAAUGCAAUCCUUUCAUGUCUUUUUAUAUUCCGAGAAUUAAUUCAGAUGGUCCAAAAAGCUUGCCUCCUUUUUUCCGUUAGACGUCAGUUUUAGUUGUCCCGAACCGAAUAAUUGACGUUGUCGAUCAAAUUGCAACGGGACCGAAAUUUUGUAAAGUGUGAAACUCAGCCGACAUCGCUUACUUGAGGACAUUAAAACUGACUUUAAUUUCAUUCGUUUUUUGUUCACUUCAUUUUCAAAACACCACGCACAGUUAGUUUUUUGCUUACGUGGUUUAGGUUUCCACAUAAAUUAUCAAUUCCUUGAAUGUUGCGCAUUUACUUACUUGUUAUCAAAAUUAAGCAAUUACUCAUUCCUCAGACUUGCACAAAGUCCUGCGCAGUCGCGCGUGCCAGUUUGCUCUCGCCGCUCGCCCUAGAGUUUCAAUGUUUCACCGUUUUACUGAUAGAAUUAAUAGAGGUUGACUUGGUCUGAAGUCUAUACUCUUUCCUAGCUACAAUCCUGGACAAACGUCCAUGGGAUAGAGAGGGGCUGGACAUGUGUGAUUUAAAGAAAGCCCCACGUAUGCAAAUGCAUCGCAAGCCAUUUGCCCAUGAUGCGGUAGCUUUCGAUAGCUUGUUAACCAGUGUUAAGGUACCAUGACAAGAGUGUAGAAAAAUUCCGUACUUUACCUACUUAAUCUCCAUCAUCAUUUUGUAAUCAACAUAUUCAGCAGUUGUGCUCUUCAUUUCUUUGACCAAAAUGAGCCAUUAAUUUGAAAACAAUAGUUAUUACUUCGGGGAAAAAUUGGCAUGGGCGAUUUAGUGGCAAGAAACUUUUAACUUCACCAGAAUAUGUUUAAGGUUUCGCAGUGAGAACAAAGGCGAGUUUUAUUUUUUUUUUAUGUUGGUACAAACAACAUUCAUUUCCACUUAGUGAUUCCUUUUCAAUUUUAUUGUCCUAGGAGAGGACUGAUCUUGAGUGACUGGUCAGACGGUCGAGCAGAAGGUGCAACAGUUCGCUAAGAAGAAGGGCCCCGCAGAGAUACUCUGGGGGUUAGGGGUAAGUGUUGUAAAAAACAAAUAUUCUAUUUAGGAUUCACUGGCACUCCUGCGUAAUUUACGUUACUCUUAAUAUACUGUCAUUCUUAUUUUUUAAAUCUGCACAUAUCGUUCUGUGCAGUCACAAUUCAUACAAAGCCGUUGUUGAAAGAUAAUUUUAAAAGGUUAUUUGUUAUUUGAGAACAAAUUCUAACUUAAGGCUUCAGUAAAAAAUAGAACAUAUAACAUUAGUGAAAAUUUGGUCCCUUUUUUGAUUAUAGGGUCUAAAUAAUGUCUUUCAGGUUUACUCUGAUGGCUUCUGCUCCAACAUUAGCUCCAUCAACUAAGGAGACCACUAAUUACGCAAGAUUAUGUCGCCUUUUAGUAGAUGGAGGCACCAAGGCCUUAAGACACCUUUUUGACAGAUUCCACUCCCCAGCAAACCUGUUUAAUGUUUUGAAAGCUGGUUCUGCGGAACAUUCAACUCUGCAGUCCCUUAAAAGGAAGAGAAUCAUCAAUGCUACACAAUGGGGUAAGCUGUAUCCCACUCCUCCUUCAUCUGUAACAUCAGAAGACUUUGACAUCACGCUACUGACGGUGCUACUGAGGAACAUCUGUGGUCUGGCUGCCCCUGCCACAGGCUGGGAUAGUCUGCCACCUGCUUCAGACACCAGCGUUGAGGCUAACAUAGCCAGAGUAAAGUACUAUAGGAACUCGGUCUAUGGGCAUGCCAGCCAGGUGUCUGUGGACAAUCCAACAUUUAAUUCCUUGUGGCAGGGUGUGAGUACCGCACUGGUUGUACUGGGUGUAGACGCAGCUGCUAUCAGGAAACUAAAAACUGAAACUAUGGAUCCAGAUACCGAGAAGCAUUACCGAGAGCUGUUAAAGGAAUGGAAGAAAGACGAAGACACCAUUAAGGACCAAUUUAAUAAAAUGGAAGGUAUUAACUGAUAAAAGUUUUGAAGUGUUUUCUAUUAAUAGUACUCUUUCUGAGGUUUAAUUUACUAAAAUAUUAUAAUAAGGUGUUAGCCGGACUGAAAUGAAAGCUUGGAAUUAGACAAUUACAAAAACACAUUUAAAAACCAUAAACCGACAUAUGUGACCCUCCACAGGAAUUUGAUGCUAAAGGUGAAAGCACGCUCACGACACGCUUGCGCGACACGCUUAGCGUGCCGUAGAUCACGGAUAUGGGCAUAUUAAAUUUAAAAAACAAAGUACGGACACACUUGCCUUUGUUUUGGUAAAUUUAACACGCUAGACCUUUUGUUUUUUUGUACGUUGCCAUAUGUCACGGUAAGUGUGCGAAUUAUAGCACGCUUAGCGUGCAAUUUGGGUAAGACACGCUGAACACGCUUGAUUACUGCUAAGAUGAUAAAAACUGCUAAGAUGAUAAAAUGGCUUGGGUUUUCAGCGGAUUUAGUCAGCAUUGAUAACUGGUCGAAGUGAGUCAAAUAUACCAAUUGAGACUGUUUUGGAAUUUGAUCGUAACCGUAGCCAUUUGAAAAUCACGACUUAAUGGUGGUCUAGCCUGGAAUUAACGCCAGAUCAGUGUAAACCAAUUCCUCCGGCUGUCGGCUGUUGACCGGAAUCGCAAAGAGGCCUGCUAUCGCAUGCGAGGCACUGAAGUUAUGUCGCCUGAAAAUUAUAGUUAUGCCACCGGAAUAUUUAUUAGCCGUAAUGCACAGAGAAAUGAAGUUGAAUAAAUUACUUUAAUAGAUUUCUUUCAGCCAUGCUGAGACGAGUCGAACGAAGGUAAUUAAAUCGGAGAAACAAAAACUGCCUAGAAUUUUCUAUAGGUUGAGGAAGGCUAAACAUUUCUAGAUGACCGUUCCAUGCAGGUACAAUUUUCGAAGCUUAUCUAAUAAAUUCCUUACGAUUUUCUGAAGUUUAAUUUUUUUCAUUUCACUCCCCAAGUUAAGCUAUUUUUCGUAGAGAGUUAAGGAAUACUAAAAUUGUCGGAACCGGAAAUACGAUAAAAUUCUCACUUUCCUAAAACUUUCAAUUGGAAGCUAAAUUGUUCGGGAAAAUAAUGCUGAAGCACUUGUAAUUUCGAAAAGACUGAAGUUGUCCUAGGAUGCUAGGAUACAUUUAGGAGGAAAUCGCCGUCAGGUGCCCCUGACGAACGAAGCGCUAUCAAUCAUAAUUUAUGUGAAGAUAUCUCAUUACGCUAUGCUAAGACGAAUCAAGCGCUGUAAACGUGUACUAUAUCUCGUUCUUCACAAGACGAAAUAAACAAGAAUCUGUAAUCUAAAAACACUGUAGAAUGAGGGAGGAUUGCGGGCGACUUUUCUGUGAAUUUUGGGCGACAAAACUCAUAUUAUCAGGUUUUGGACGACAUAACUUCAAACGACAUCACUUUCGAGCAGCUCGGCCGUCACCCCUUUAGAUCGAGCUCGAUGAAUUAAUUCAAUGACCGAUUUUUAUCGGACAAAUGAUUGCCUUCAAGAAUUUCACUCGGACUACUUUUAAUUUAGUUCUUUUUCUCUUUUCUCAGUGUGUGACUGACAGAGAUUUAAUUCUCGGAUCGAGCUUUAGUACUCUAAACACGCCGUAUUAUCGUGGCAAAAACAAAGAAUCAAACAAAAAAGCACCAUACAAUUUCGGAAUUCUGUAAAAAAAGACAUUUUUUGUUUACUAUUCAAAAAGCGCUAAAACAGUCAUUAAUUAACUGAUGUUUGUCUCCGUUCAGCACGCAUCACUGACGCAUGAAUGUGUUGUUAAUCGUUUCUUGAGUACAAAAACAGUUAAUCAGUUGCGAUGGAGCGUUCACGAAGUGGCACACUGAUGAGUUUAAAUUCGCAAGAUUUUGAAAAUUUGGAAAGCGUCAAAGAACUGUAUUUUGGUGAGCGAGAAACUGAAGAUAAUCAAGAGCGUGCUUUCACCUUUAGCAUUCAAAUCCUAUGGAGGGUCACCAAUAGUUUGUAAAUUGCAUAUAGGGAUGUAUUACUAUUACUAACCUUUAUAAAAUUUUUAUUUUUUUAUACAAUAUCCUUUUAUAGUCCGACAGUUUUGCUUUUUAUAUUGUAGAUUUCAAUUCAAUUUCUUUUAUUUGUAGUAUAUUAUAGUUUUUCAUUUUUUAUAUUGUAGUUUUUAACGGGUGAAGAGCCACUAGGUGGAUACACUGUUAAUUCCUCGCGGAGCGCCGAGCGAAGUGAGUUUAUAAUCUCGUCGCGCGAAGCGCGCGCGCAGUGUGUGAACCGCGCGUGGGUCCUAGCGAGAUACAAAGUCGCAGAUUUCAUCUUUAUUUGUAUAUAUCCGAUAGUGUCCGCCAUGACGUCAUACGGUAGUUGACGUCACGGCGCAUUUUUGUUUCAAGGCAACAUUCGACUGAAAGCAAUUUCAAAUUCCGGUCAAUGACCAAAGCACUCAUGAAGAGCUGUGUUUUCGUCGUCUGCAAAACAGUGUUUACUAUCGGUGAAUCUCAAGCCAUUUCUCAUGCAAACAGAACAGCAAACACAAGAACGCCGAAUUGUCAAUCCUCGCAGGGGAAGAUAUGACACCGAAAAAUCCUCUGGACAUAUGUGCGAACAUCGCGGUAACAUAACACGUUUUGCUCGCAGACGAGUUUGUACCGUAUCGUCCUAGACUGUUGAGCUUCCAUUCUCUACAUGUAAAUGCGAUGAAAUGCAUUUACGUUGGGUUUUCACUGUCCAAACUGCUGUCAUUCUUCUGAAAAAUAUCUUUGAAUUCACGUUUAAUAAGGCUCGAAGGUUUUAAUAAUAAAAUUUCCACGUGGCCUAGUGGUAAAGGUUCGGUCCGGUACAUCGAAGGUCCCGGGUUCGAUUCCAGGCAUAACCUUUUUCUCUUCGCUUCUUUUCUUUUCUUUUCUUUUCUUCUUUUUUUACCUUUUCUUUUCCUUUAGUUUUCAUUUUAUAACAGUUUUGUUAUGUUUUUAUAUAUAGCUUAAAAUUUUUAGAUUUACAAAUUUUCUUCUCUACUUGCCGUUCCCCCCAGUCCUUCGCGAGGUCCUGCGAUUUACGUAUUUCUAGUAAACCAUUAUUAUUAUUAUUAUUAUUAUUAUUAUUAUUAUUAUUAUUACAGGUAAUCACAUGAUUUCGAGUGCAAUUUGGGAUGAAUCAGCUCAAGUAAAUUUUUUAAAGGUUAACCAAAUUGUAAUCAAAUUUUGGGUAAUGGGUUCAUGAUAACCGUCACAAUAUAGGGACAUUCCAUGACCACUUUGCCCACUAUGAGAAAGUUAAUGUUUAGUGAAGUUGGUGCAGUUAGAGUAGUUGGUGUAGUUGCUGUACCUGGUGUAGUUAGUGUAGUUGGUGUAGUAUAUGUAGUUGAUGUAGUAUGUGUAGUUGGUGUAGUUUGUUAGUUUAUGUAGUUGGUGUAGUAUGUGUAGUUGGUGUAGUAUAUGUAGUUGGUGUCGUAUGUGUAGUUGGUGUAGUUGAUGUAGUUGCUGUAGUUAGUGUAGUUUGUGUGAUUACUGUAGUUGGUGUAGUUAGUGUAGUAUGUGUAGUUUGUUGUAGUAUAAGUAGUUGGUGUAGUUACUGUAGUUGGUGUAGUAUGUGUAGUAGGUGUAGUAUAUGUAGUUAGUGUAGUAUGUGUAGUUGGUGUACUAUAUGUAGUUGGUGUAGUAUGUGUAGUUGGUGUAGUUAGUGUAUUUACUGUAGUUGAUGUAGUAUAUGAAGUUGCUGUAGUUGAUGUAGUAAGUGUAGUUGGUGUAGUUGGUGUAGUUAGUGUAUUUAGUGUAGUUCGUGUAGUUACUGUAGUUGGUGUAGUUAGUGUAGUUGGUGUAGUAUAUGUAGUAUGUGUAGUUGGCGUAGUUUGUGUAGUUGUGUAGUUGUUACACAAACCUACACCAAACUACACCACCUACAUCAAACUAAACCGACUACACAACUCUACACCAAACUACACCUACUAAACCAAACUACACCAAAUUACGCCAACUACACAAAACUACACCAAACUACACCAACUUCACCAAACUACACCAACUACACAAAACUACACCAAAGUACACCUACUACACUAAACUACACCAAACUACACCAACUACACAAAACUACACCAACCCACACCAAACUACACCUACUACACUAAACUACACCAAACUACACCAAACUACACCAAACUACAUUAACUACACAAAACUACACCAAACUACACCUACUAAACCAAACUACACCAAAUUACACCAACUACGCAAAACUACACCAACUACACAAAACUACACCAAAGUACACCUACUACACUAAACUACACCAAACUACACCAACUACACAAAACUACACCAACCUACACCAAACUACACCUACUAAACCAAACUACACCAAACUACGCCAACUACACAAAACUACACCAAACUACACCAACUUCACCAAACUACACCAACUACACAAAACUACACCAAACUACACCUACUACACUAAACUACACCAAACUACACCAACUACACAAAACUACACCAACCCACACCAAACUACACCUACUACACUAAACUACACCAAACUACACCAAACUAUACCAACUACACCAAACUACACCAAACUACAUUAACUACACAAAACUACACCAAACUACACCUACUAAACCAAACUACACCAAAUUACACCAACUACACAAAACUACACCAACUACACAAAACUACACCAAAGUACACCUACUACACUAAACUACACCAAACUAUACCAACUACACAAAACUACACCAACCCACACCAAACUACACCUACUACACAAAACUACACCAAACUAUACCAACUACACAAAACUACACCAAACUACAUUAACUACACAAAACUACACCAAACUACACCUACUAAACCAAACUACAGCAAAUUACACCAACUACACCAAACUACACCAAACUACACCAACUACACCAACUACACAAAACUACACCAAACUUUACCUACUAGACAAAACUACACCAACUACAGCUACUACAUCAACCACAGCAACUACAGCUACUGCACCAACUAAAGCUACUGUAGCAACUACACAUACUACAAGUACUACACCAACUACAACUACUACACCAACUACAGCAACUACACUAACUACACCGGCUACAGCAGCUACACUAACUACACCAACUACAGCACCUACACUAAUUACACCAACUACACUAACUACAUAAACUACAGCAACUUCAACACCAGCUACAGUAACUACACCAUCUACAGCAACUACACUAAGUACGCCAACUACAUAUACUACACCAACUACAUAUACUACACCAACUACACAUACUACACCAACUACACGUACUACACCAACUACAGUAACUAAACCAACUACACAUACUACACCAACUACACAUACUACACCAACUACACUAACUACACCAACUACACCUACUACACCAACUACAGUAACUACACCAACUACACUAACUACACCAACUACACAUACUACGCAUACUACACCAACUACAUAUACUACACCAACUACACUAACUACACCAUGUACAGCAACUACAGCAACUACUCUAAUUGCACUAACUUCACCAAACAUUAACUUUCUCAUAGUGGGCAAAGUAGUCAUGGAAUGUCCCUAUAUUCGUGACGGUUAUCAUGAACCCAUUACCUAAUUUUGUGGUCUUAAAAAAAUUUACGACUGCUUAUUUAUCCCAAAUUGUACGAGAAUAACCAUCUGAUUACUUGUUAAUAAUAUACGUGCAAAAAUUUGACUUGCUAUUCCUCUUUUACGUGUCACCGAGCAACCCCUCCUUGUUCCCGCCUACAAAUGACAACCUCGACCAAGGUUGGUCUAGAUUUUGAUAGGUGAAUAUUGACGGACAAAAACCACUAGAAGCUUGAAAUUUGUUUACCGAAAAAUGAAGUCUUUUGUCGUUUUACGUUUUUAACUUUUCAAGUUAUUCCACUGCCGCCACGGAAAGAACUACAACUGCGAUCAAGAUUAUAUUCCUUUGUUAUGUCACUUUGUGAUGGGAAGACUAAUUGAAACCAUGAAAAUAAAUGUUUCUAUGUGGAAACUUCGCUCUUAAGCCAUUACAAAUCGGAGAAAUCAUGUCGAAUAACGAAAUAAUGUAAUUUUUUUAUUUUUACUGGAAAUCGAGUGAGAAAAAAGCCGACGAGAAAACGACCUUAUUUCAAGAUGGAAUCUGCUAUGACUGCGAUAUUGCGUGAUGCUUCUGGAAAAAUGCAUCAUGGGACACUAUUCGAUCCCCUCUGGGUACUAAGGUUAUUAAAUUCAAUUAACAAAUUUCUUUUUUGUGCAGAAACGAAGUCUCGAAAAACUGACAGUAACCCUCCAGAGGUAGAUGUUGCUUUGCUUACAAAUAAAGAACUUCCUAAAACAUCAAAG